AUGUCCGGCCCUGGCGUUGGUUUUGAGUAUCCCCGGAAGGAAGUCAGCUGGAAUAAGCGUGACGCCCUGCUGUUUGCCAACUCAAUCGGCUGCACGGCGAACGAGCUGCACUUCCUCUAUGAGCUCGAUCCCAACUUUUCCGUCUUCCCUACCUACCCCGUGAUUCUCACCUUCAAGGGCACCAACCAAGACGUAAUCGACUUCUACGCAGCCGAAAAAUCCGUCACCAUCCCCGGGGUGCCCGUGUUCGACUCGAAGCGGGUAGUAGACGGGCAGCGACUACUCCAAUCAUUCAAGCCGAUCCCCCCGACCUCGGCGGGCCGCAAAUUCGAGGUACGCACCAAGGUGCUCGGCGUGUACGACAAGGGACGGCCGGGCACCGUGGUGGAGACGCAGUCGGACCUGGUCGACGCCGGGUCGGGCGACGUCUACUCGCGUGUCAUCUCGUCGUCGUUCUACGUGGCCCAGGGCAACUGGGGCGGGCCCAAGGGUCCUGCUACUGUCAAUUUCCCCGCCCCGAAAGACCGCAAGCCCGACGUGGUGUUUGAGAACCAGACUACUGCCGAGACGCCGCUGCUGCAUCGGCUGAAUGGGGAUUACAAUCCGCUUCAUGCUCACCCGGAGCCUGGUGAGAAGAUGGGCUUUGGGGGGGUUAUUAUCCAUGGUCUCUACUCGUGGAACUGGGCCUGUCACGGCCUGCUGCAGCACCUUGGCGGCAGUGACCCGGCCAAUCUCAAGGAGUAUCAGGCUAGGUUUGCCAGCCCCGUGCGGCCGGGCGACAAGCUGGUUGCGUCGGCCUGGAGGACGGGGCAGUACCAGGGCGAGUGGGAGGAGAUCCGGUUCGAGGUGCAUGUGGCUGGUGGCAAGGUGUGCUUGAACAAUGGCAGGGCGCUGAUGAAGUGCAUGUCGCCCACUGCCACAAUCGGCCAGCGAAGGUCAUAUGACGGCGCUCUAUGCACGGUGAGGUACAUUGGCGAAGUUGUGGGCAAAUCUAAGUCCCCGACAGCUGCGUCCUUCGUCCGUCCAACACGCCCAGCCGAUCCGCCCAAGACCUUCCUAUCGGCGUUGCAACUCAAGUAUGUCUCUGACCCGAGCACCGACCAAAACCUGCCAAAGAAGAUCAUCUUCUCCGGCAAGGUUGCCGAAGAGGUUGGGUUCGACAAGGUCAGCCGCAAGCAGGCUCAACUGGGCGAGCUGCAGUUCGUCAUUCUGGACGACUUCCAGGUCGCCUAUGCCUCGCAUCCUGAUGGUGUCCGGGAGGGCGCGGAGGAUGGCCAACAAUCUAUCGGCCAGGUUUGCCCCAAAGUCAGGGAGUUGGACCUAAGCAGGAACUUGUUUGAGCGGUUUGGCACCGUGGCUGAGAUUUGCUCUGAGCUCCGCUCGCUGAGGAGCCUGCGCGUGAACGGAAACCGGUUCCAACAUGUCCUGGAAGAUGAAAUCCUGGAAUCGGCAGGCGAUGCCUUCGCUGGCGUAGCAGAGCUUGCCCUGGAGGAUACUCUUCUCGACUGGACAGAGAUAUGCCACAUCACCGCAAGGUUUCCGUCCUUGGCCUCGCUUCAUGCUGGCUCAAACCAGCUGCAGACCCUCACACCGACUUCAGCCACUGCUUUCACGUCGAACUUGGUGUCUUUGUACCUCGAAUUCAACGACUUCUCCUCCCUCACCGACAUUGCCCCUCUGUCCGCCAUCUCAAGUCUUCGCAACCUCCUCCUUAAGGGAAACCGGAUUGCAAACAUUUCUCCUCCUUCCUCCUCAGUAGCUGCCCCGGUGUUUGGAACUAAACUUCAUUAUCUCGACAUCUCCUACAACCAAGUCUCAUCAUGGUCCUUCGUGGAUGCCCUUCGUCACUGCUUCCCGGGGCUCACCUCUCUACGAUUUACCCACAAUCCCAUCUACGACAGUCCUGAUCUCGACAACAAGGAUGCCUCUACGCCCUCUCAGCAGUCCAAGGGCGUAACCAAAACUGACGAGGCAUACAUGCUCCUGGUUGCCCGAAUGCCGGCCCUCACAUCUCUCAACUUUAGUAACAUCACCACGGCAGACCGUGCCGACGCCGAGAUGUUCUACCUGUCCCGGAUUGCUAGGCAGCUAGCAGCGGUGCCCGAGAGCGCCGAGGGCGAAGUGCUGGCGCGUCACCCCCGGUGGGCCGAGCUGUGCGAGCAGUACGGCGAGCCCGCCGUGGUGCGCCAGCGGGAGCUGAACCCGAUGUUCCUCGAAGCCAGACUCAUCAACGUGGAGUUUUACUUUCCUGGAGCAGGGCAGGCUGGUGCAGCGUCGGACGGAGAGGCAGCGGAAAAGAAGAGAGUGGUCCAGAUUCCCAAGUCGUUUGACAUUUAUGCGGUCAAGGGCAUUGUGGGCAAGCUGUUUGGCCUGUCUCCUCUGAAGCUGCGGUUGAUAUGGGAAACGGGCGAAUGGGAUCCUGUAGCUGGCUUUGAUGAGGUCGAAGACAGCAGUGACGAGGAACAGCUCGAGGCUGAGUGGGAACGGAGAGAGGAAAUGGGUGCGCCGCCCACCGAUGCUCCGCAUCUUGCGAGUAAGGGAGGGCGUUGGGUCAAGCGUGAGGUUGAGUUGAAAGACGGGCCUCGGCAGCUUGGAUACUGUGUGGAUGGACUUGAGGCUAGAGUCAGAGUCGAGAGGCGAUGA